AAUAAACAGAAGCCGAGACAACCGCCAUGUCGCACCAGAAAGUCCGAUGGACGUUGCAGACGUCUUUGUUUUGACUUUUCUCUGCUAAAUAGAAUCAGAAAGCUAUUGCCAUUGCUUCUUCUCAUCCGCCAUGUUUGUUUACGUUGAAUUCAAGUUUGGUCUCGAGACGUUCUACGAGAUUUCGCAAAUGUUGGCAAAUCGGGCGAGCCGGUCUGCUCUCCUGGUCACAGCGGCUCUCAGACAACAUCGCCCGUUGCCCUGCCGCCACUGCGCAACAACAACCACAACCCCCUGACGGGAGGUUCUAAGCCCGCCAUGUCGGACAACGUCCAGGUCUCGUCUCAGUCGCAGGUCCACAUCACCCAGCUGUUUGAGGAGAACUCCAACAGGCGUUCAGUCCUCAGCACACAGCCCAACGGCCUCACCCCGCUCAGCUCCAGCCGGACGAGUCAGACGCUCCUGGACCGGCAGAGUUCAGUCGCCGACACCACCCAACAUGGCCGCCAGAGCAUCACCAACAAGCAGGGAGACGCCAAGCCAAAGCCCUGCCCCAUGUCGCCCGACCUGGCCAUGAAGCAGUACAUGUCCAAGCUGUCGUCCUUCGAACACCACGAGGUGUUCACCUACACUGAAGUGUAUUUCAUCGGCCAGAACGCAAAGAAACGCAACGGCGUUCUGGGUGCAGCCAACAACGGCGGCUAUGAUGACGAACAGGGGUCCUACAUCCAGGUGCCACAUGACCACAUCGCUUACCGCUACGAAGUUCUGAAGGUGAUCGGAAAGGGCAGCUUCGGACAGGUGAUGAAGGCCUUCGACCAUAAAACCCAGACCCACGUGGCUCUGAAGAUGGUCCGCAACGAGAAGCGCUUCCACCGGCAGGCCGCGGAGGAGAUCCGCAUCCUGGAGCACCUGAGGAAGCAGGACAAGGACUCGAGCAUGAACGUCAUCCACAUGCUGGAGCACUUCACCUUCCGCAACCACAUCUGCAUGACCUUCGAGCUGCUCAGCAUGAACCUCUACGAGCUCAUCAAGAAGAACAAGUUCCAGGGCUUCAGCCUCCCGCUGGUCAGGAAGUUCGCCCACUCCAUCCUCCAGUGUCUGGAAGCGCUGCAAAAGAACCGCAUCAUCCACUGCGACCUCAAACCAGAGAACAUUCUGCUCAAGCAGCAGGGCCGCAGCGGCAUCAAGGUCAUAGACUUCGGCUCCAGCUGCUAUGAACAUCAGAGGGUUUACACCUACAUCCAGUCCAGGUUCUACAGAGCUCCAGAGGUGAUUCUGGGCUCCAGGUAUGGGAUGCCCAUCGACAUGUGGUCCCUGGGCUGCAUCCUGGCUGAACUGCUGACCGGUUACCCACUGUUACCAGGCGAAGAUGAAUCCGACCAGCUGGCCUGCAUCAUUGAACUAAUGGGCAUGCCCAAUCCAAAGCUCCUAGACUCCUCCAAGCGAGCAAAGAACUUCGUGUCGUCCAAAGGCUACCCACGGUACUGCACCGUCACCAACAUGCCCGAUGGCUCCGUGGUCCUGAACGGAGGACGCUCCCGACGGGGGAAAACACGCGGUCCCCCAGGCAGCAAGGACUGGAGCGUCGCGUUGAAGGGUUGCGAUGACCCGCUCUUUCUGGACUUCCUCAAACAGUGUCUUGAAUGGGACCCAGCACUCAGGAUGACGCCGAGCCAGGCGCUGCGCCACCCCUGGCUCAGGAGGCGGCUUCCCAAACCUCCGUCCGGAACCACAGCAGAUAAAGCCAGCCCAACCAAACGCAGCGUUAACAACAGCGACAGCUCCAUCACCUGCAUCUCCAAACUUGCCUCCACCUCCGCAGCCUCCACCACUUCCAAAUCAAGGACUAAUUUGGCGACCAUUACAGACGCCAACGGAAACAUCCAACCGAGGACGGUGCUGCCCAAACUAGUUAGCUGAGAGUGAAUACACCUCAUCCCCUGUGGUGGGGAAUAAAGGCUGAGUUCAAAAGUAACCAGCUGGACCUGAAUAAAACUGGUCUAUCCAGUUGUGAAGCGCAUUUGGUUAUUUAUUGCGUAGCUGGGGUGCAUUGAAGUGAAAUGCAGUCUUGACGUUGGAUUAUUAAAGAAGCUAACCAAGCUGGGAUGCACCCUAACCUGAGGAACCCUGGGUGCAUUCGGAAACCUCAAAUUCAAAUCAUCUGAAGCGGAUGAGAUGUUUUGAAGUUUGGGCAAAAGGACGGUAAAGUGACGACACGUUGUGGGGCGGUUCAGACAAUCGGAACACAUCACACUGCUCUGUAGCUCCAAACUCACAGAAACACAUCAGAAACAUGGUGCUGAUGGAGGGAACAAGGCUUUUUAAAAUAUUUUAUAACAAUCUUUUUUAGCUGAGUCAUGAAAUCAGUUUAACACCAAAAAUGUUGAGUGACUUCAGUCUUACAAGUUUUUAUCUACAGUUUUAGGGUUUCACCUUCAGUUUUAUGUCAUCAACUGAUUGUAGCGUGUCUCUCUUAACCCUAAAGUUGCGUCUGGGUUUUGGUUCAUUUCAUUUUUGGGGUUCUGUUGGGCAAUGAUCCAAAUCACAGCAUCAACUCUCUAAACCCUGGUUUUAAACAGCUACCUGAGAGCUGGCUAACGGAAUUAGUUAGCCAGUUUUUUAUUAUAUUGACUAGCUAGCCAUGUUAGCAUGCUAGCGUAGUGCCUGUUAGCUGGCUAACUGCUAACUAGCAUGAACUGAGUUGGUAAACGGGUACAUAUACAUAUUGCUACCUAUUUUCGACAUAACUGGCUAGCAGUUAGCCUAGCACACACAAAAAAGUUAGCUGUCAGUAGCUGACUCAGUGUUUGCCUUGUAUAUCAGUCAUUUGGCUAACAUUAGCCGUUAUAGCCAUAGCAUGUCAGCUCUCCACUGCCCGGCCUUAUCAUUCUCAGACAGAAAAACAAAAUAUUUCUACUUUCUAUGAUUUUAAGUUUGUUUUUCAGGUUAUAAUGCAGCGAGACCGUUGAGGACAGAGAAACAGUGGUUCUGUUUAUGAUCCAAAAAGUGAAUUUCUGGGGCUUGACCAGGCCGAUGAAGGACUCGUAACCUCAGAAGGUAAAUUCAGUGCAAUUUACAGACGAGUUCAAAUCCAGGCCUCUAAUGGUUUAAAAAAAAAAAGAAGAAGAAGAAGGGUAAAAUACAACAAAUCUAUAAAAUAACUCAAAAUUGUAACAUCUGUUUUACUGUGAAUGCUGAAAAAUGCACAUUGGGAAAAUAUAAAUAUUGUCUGCAGUAGUUAAGUUUAUGUGGAUAUUAAAUAGGGACCGAUUGUAAUUUUCAGAUUUCUUCCCUUUUUUCCCCUCAACCUUCAAUGGAAAAAUUAUUAAACAAAUUUAUAUUAGACAAAAACAACCUGAGUCAAUUCAGUUCUCUAUUAUUAAACAUGUAAAUACAUUAAUAAUCAAAAAUAAGCAAAAAUCCCUGAGAGGAAAAAUACUUUUCAUACAUAAUGAGGUAAAACCAAUGGCUCUGGCUAAAAUAAACUUUUAAAACACUUGUUUUUAUUUCAUCUGAUUUUAUCAACUGUGAAGAACAAUUACAAUUGGAAGAGCUCAAAAGAGCAGAUUGUUGUCGAAAUUCACCAAACAGAGCAAAAUGGAGGCCCAAGAGAAAGAAACUGAAAUAUUUUGCACUGUAUUAAGGUUUAGAUGAAGAUUGUUUUUCAAUCUGUGUAAAUACUUUAGUGACGUCCCAGAAUAAAAAUACAGCAGUGUUAAAUCUGGAUCAGAAUAUUUGGAAGAAGUUCCUUUAAAAUAUAUAUAUACCUUAAAAAUCGGCUUCAAAGGAAGCCUAACAAGCUUUAUUUUUAGUUGAGGCAGAUUUGUUAAAGGAACAAACAAAUAAUACGACCCAAAAAGUAAAAAAAAAAAAAAAAGAGAAUGAAUUAGACUUUAAUACAAAAGCUGCGUUUAAAAAAAUCCCUUUCACUAAGGAAAGAUGAGAAAUGUUUUUAUGAAGUGCAAACUUUAAAGCUGCAAAAUGUAAUCCCCGUUAUUUGUAUCUUUUUUAUAUAUAUAAACCAGAUCCAAUUUCUGAUAUUAAUUUUUUUCUAAGAUAUAACUUACAAAUGACAAAACAUUUUUCAAAAAGUGGCAUUUAUUUUAAUAAUUUCUUCCGUUGUCUGACAGUAUUAGGGCCAGGAUACAGCAAUUAUCAUUAAUUACGAGAAUAUAGUCACAGCAUUAACAGAAGAAUGUCUUGAAAUUACAAAAAGUCAUUUUAGUGUGAAGAAAGCUUGGAUAAUUAAUUAAUAUUAUAACUUUGUUCUUCUAAUUACAAAAAUAAAAAAUAUCUUACAUUUCGUUGUAAAAUUGAAGUCCAAACUAAUAGAAACUGUAAAACACACUAGUCAAACAAAAUGGCGGCAUUGGUUUAAAAAAAAAAAAAAGAAAAUUCAUAUUAUCCAAAAAUGAAUCUUUAAAUUGAUUCAUCACCAGCCCAGAUUUGGUUUCCUAAUUAUUUCCUGGUGUUUUAUUUUACAUUUAAGCACACAAUAUUAAAAACUCCAGGUUCUCUCUGGUUUUUGAGCCGUUAGCUUGUUUCUGGCACCGCCUGAAUUUUUAUCAGCUUAUGAAGGAACCAGAUGUUCCAGAUGUCACUGCGAUCCGCCGAUGGUUUGGUUUCUGAUGAUGUAGAUGAACAAUAGAGCAAUGAUCAAACUUUAAUCCUGAUCCUUUUAAAUCAGUGUUGCUAACCAUCAGGGAGGGGGCGGCGACGAGUAAAGCAUGUUAGAUUUAAUUUAUUUGUCACGUUUUAAUAUUUAAAAGUCUAAUCUAUGUAUGUACAGUGAUGUGCAGUUGUUACUGUAUACUUGAAUGUGUGUGUGUGUUUGUUGCAGGACGCGUGUGUGCAAUAUUAAAAAGUUUUCUUAAAACUUGUUCCCUUACAAACACACAUGAUAUUAAUGCAUAAACAAAAUCUGAACGGAGUCUGAAAAUAAAGUCACAUGAGGAGGUGGAGGAUGAAGAUGAGGAGGAAAAGGUCCCGGGAUUGGCUAAUCGGUGUCCGUUGACGAAAUGUAGCACACAGGAAGUGAAAGACAAGGACAUGAUGCACAGGAGGAACCGCAGAUGCUACAAGCUCCGCCCAUCUCAGGGGAAGCUCCGCCUCCUCCUGGUGCAGGAGGAGGGAAAAGUAGAAAAUGUGGAGUUGAUUCUGUUUUGUUUUGAUAAAUUGAGUUGAUUGUAUGUUUAGUUUAGUUUUUUUUUUUAGUUUUUUUUGUGAGAUGGGAGUGCUGAGUCGUAACUUUGUGCCUUCAGUAUCGCGACGCCAUGCCACGCCCUCCCAACACACACAAACAUGAUGUCAUUAUUAAUUAACACAAAAGUACCAACAAUAUCUCAUUUUCCAUUCUCCAUGCUGUGUAGCCUGUAUUUUCAAGCCAACAUUACAUAUGCCUAAAAAAAAUUUAAAUUUGUAAUUAAAAACUGCAGUCUAAUUUUAAAUUUUUAUCUUAAUUUGGAAAAACAAUCUAAUAUAAGUGUUGGAUUCCUCAGGUUUAACAUAUUUGUCACUGUUUAGCUUCAAAAAUAUUUCUGGAUUACAGAUUUGGUGCCAUUAGUUGCCUUUUGUUUGCCUCUGAAGAACUUGGGAAUGACAUCUUUUAUAAAACAUUUCUAGCUCCACUAUUCACCGAUUGAAAAGUAUUUGUGCAAAGUUUGACUUUACCUAGUGAUGUCUCAAACGGAACAA